UUAAUUGUGACUACGGCUGUCACUGCAGCCAAUCACAUCUCGGGAAACAGAGCUCGGGGCUCAACAGCUUGUUGUUCGUGUAUCGCUUUUGCAGCCGGAGCUAGAGAGGAAGCAACGGCGUAUGAUAAUUGACCCGAAAUCCUUCGAGCUGGAACCCCUGGACUAGCCGGAGAGAUGAAGGCAGCAGAUGAGCCUGCCUACCUGACAGUGGGGACAGAUGUCAGUGCCAAGUACAGAGGAGCCUUCUGCGAAGCCAAAAUCAAGACUGUUAAACGCAUGGUCAAGGUCAAGGUGACUCUGAAAGGUGAAAGCACGUCCCAGGUAGUGCAGGACGACCAGGUCAAAGGUCCUCUGAGGGUGGGCUCCACUGUGGAGGUGAAGACCAGUGAGGGUCUGAGCAGUGAGGCCGUCAUCAGUAAGCUGACGGAUGCCAGCCUCUACACUGUUGUCUUUGAUGACGGCGAUGAAAAAACUCUGCGUCGAUCAUCCCUGUGUCUGAAGGGAGAGAGGCAUUUUGCAGAGAGCGAGACGUUGGACCAGCUGCCGCUGACUAACCCAGAGCAUUUCGGCACCCCGGUCAUCGGGAAAAAGUCAAACAGAGGCGGUAGACGCUCGUCCCAGGCUGUAGCUGAUGAGGAGAACGAGACUUCAUCGAGCGAAGAAGAGGAGGACGACAAGAAGAGACUGACUGAUGGGCUGCUGGGCCAGAUCUGCAGCAUAGAGAACACAGAGGAGUCCACUGAUUGGUUCAUGGCUCUGGUGGUGUCUCCCAGCUGCAGUGAUGAGCUGCUGGUGAAGAAGGAUCAAUGUCUGGUCAGGUCCUUCUGUGAUGGCAAAUUCUACACGGUGGGGAGGAGACAUGCUCACCUGGUCAACACCAUCAGCAUUACUAAGCCGGAUUUUUCCAACAGGAGAGGUAUUGAAGGAGCCCAGAUGUUUCUGAGGAGCAGAGAGGUUCCAGAAGCGUGGAAGAUGGACAUGAGUCAGAUUCUAGACUCUUCCUCCAGUGAAGAUGACAAAGAUGACAAGGAGAGUGAGGCAGAGGAGGAGGAAGAAGAGAAUGAGGAUGAAAAGAGAAAGAAACACAUCAAGGAAGAGCCGGAGGAGGAGGCAGACCCUGAGGAGAAGGAGAACUUCCUCCAGCAGCUCUACAAAUUCAUGGAUGACAGAGGCACUUCCAUCAACAAGCCCCCAGUGCUGGGCUACAAAGACCUGAACCUCUUCAAGCUCUUCAGACUGGUCUACCACUUGGGAGGCUGUCGCAAGAUCGAGUCUGGCACAGUGUGGAAGCAGGUCUACAUGGAUCUGGGGAUCCCUGUUCUCAACUCAGCUGCAUCCUACAAUGUCAAGACAGCCUACAAAAAGUAUCUGUCUGGGUUUGAGGAGUACUGCUGUUCUGCCGGCAUCACCUUCAGAACCAUCCACCACAACAACCCCCCUCCCAAUCACAAGAAAGUUAAAGUUGAGCUUAAGGAGGCCUUCACAACACCCAUCAAGUCAGAGUCUGCUGAUGACAAGAGGGAGGAGGCCGACUCGGAGAGUGAGAGCGAAAAGGAGGUGAAGGAGAGACAUUCGUCACCCAGGGGGAGAAGAGGUGUGGGCAGUCGGGGCAAACUGCCCCCCAAGCCAGAGAACCCUGGACGGGGAGGGCCAGAGAACAGUGAGGAGCAGCAGAGGGAGGUGAGGAGGCGCAGCAACAGACGACUGGACGACUCUGAGAAAGGCUCCGACGAGGAGGAAGAGGACGACGAUGACGAGGAGGAAGAAGGGGAGGAGGAGAGAAGACGACAUGGAAGUGAAGAUGAAGAGGAUGGAGACUCUUUGGCAGGAACCAAGGUCAGGGUGAAGUACGGCAGAGGAAAAACCCAGAAGAUCUAUGAGGCCCACAUCAAGAAGACAGACAUAGACAACGGAGAACAGUUCUACCUGGUUCACUACUACGGCUGGAACGUUAGGUAUGAUGAAUGGGUGAAGGCUGACCGCAUCAUCUGGCCUGCAGAGAAAGGAACCAAGAAGAGACAGAGAAAAAAAGUCAAGAACAAAGACAAGGAAGACCCAGAGAAGGGAGAAAAGGAUGACGAGAAGCCAGCUUCCAUAACGCCUCUGAAGCCAACAGGCUUGAAGCGUGGCCGCCCUCAGACCAGGCUCACUCCCAGCGGCCCGGCAGGACGCAGUGUGUCCAAAACCCCCAGCAGCGAGGGCCAGGCCAAUGGGAAGAGCUCUCGACCCGACGCCACGCCCAGCCUGGCCAAUGGGAACGACACGCCUCGCAGGAGAACCAGGAGGACCUCUGGCCUGUAUGAGUCCGACCCGCCGUCUAACGAGGAUUCCGGGAACUCCUCUGAUGACAGCGACGCAGACGACACCCUCGAGAAAACUGACAAAGCGUCGCCGUGGCGAGGGAGAUCGGAACCUCCAGCUUGUGAGCCAGAUGAGGAACCAGCCAUGCCGGAGGAAGAGGAAGAGGAGGAAGAGGAGGAGGCGAGGGAGCAGUCUGUGGCUGAGGCUGCUGCUGCCGACGGCAACAUGCCGUCCUCAGGAGCUGUGCUGAUGGAUGUCCCUACCUCCCCAUGUCCAAGCAUGCCUCAGGAGAAAGCAGAGGAGCCUCUGAACCAAUCAGAGAAGCAGCAGGGGGCAGAGCCUGCGGAGGAGCCCCAGGAGUCAGCGGUUCACCUGGAGAAGGAGAUUAAGCUGUGUCCCGGGACGAGAACGUUACCUGGACAUGAAGUGGUUCUGGACACGCCCCUCAGCAGGAUGUCAGCCCCGCCUUCGUCCCCCCCAUCCACAGCAGAGGACGAGAGCCGCGUCACACCCCUGCUGACCCCCAGGGGCAAAGGUCGCAGGGUCAGCCUCAGGGAUUCUGAGACUCCUCCCAUAAUCCCUCACUGCAAUGCUGGCCCCGCCCCGGCCCCCUCGCCCCUGCAGGCCACGCUGCUGUCCACUCUGAAGAGACAGGAGGAGCCCAUGGUGGUCCUGCACUGCCUGCCCUCCCAGCACCUCCUGCCCAAACCCCCCUCUAUUAACUCCGACACAGACUCCGCCACCGAGGAAGAGGAGGAGGAGGAGGAGGAGGAGGCGGAGCCUAAAGAGAGGGGCAGCACGCUGAAACGCAAGGCAGCCGACCAGAGAACAGCAGAGAAGAAGCUCUGCACUGGCAGCAGGCAGGACCACCUGCCUGCCCCUCCUGCUGCCCAGCAGCCGGAGUGGGCACCAGAGAACGCAGAGGACAAGCUGAGCUCUGUGGCCGAGGAGAAGCUGACGCCUCAUCAGGACACAGAGGUGCAUGCUGGGACAGUCGUCCCUGCCUCAGAGCCCCCAGGCACCCCGACAGAGCCCCCCCAAGUCGAAGAGCUAGAGCCUCAGAUGGGCCCUGAAGCUCUGGUGUGCCAUGAGGUCGACCUGGACGACCCAGAUGAGAAGGACAAGCCCCCCCUCUCUUCAGUGCCCCUCCUCAUGAUGCAGAAACAGGCUCCUCCCACUCUGCCCCUCGCCGUCCACCCUGCCCAGCCUCAGGUCAGGCCCUUCUUGAUGACUGCCACUCCCCUCACCUGUCCAGAGACGCUCCACCCUGCGAAGGAGCUGAAUGAGACUGAGGAGGAGCGGGGGCCCGUCCGGGGUGAGCAGGGGGGCGACUCCAGCCCUGGCUUCGAGGGCAGCACCUCCUCAUCCUCCUCCCUGCUGUUCAUGCAGGAACCCAAGGACAGAGGUCAAAAGAGGGUGAAUGAAGUAAAUUCCAGCCCAACUGCCAAGAAACACAAACGGAACCAGAAACGGACCCUGACCCCGGCCAAGGCCGACAAGAACGGAGCAGGACACAGCAGUGACAGUGAGGACCAGUCUCGUCUCUCGUCCUUGUCUAAAUCCCAGAAAUCUCGUUGUCCUGGUCUGUCGUCUCCGUCUGCUCACAGUAAAGACAAACACAGCUCCCCCUCCCCCCAGCGCUCCUACAAGUGGACCCUGCAGCUUGACGAGCUGGACAGCAUGUCGAGCACAGAGAGGAUCUCCUUCCUGCAGGAGAAGCUGCAGGAGAUCAGGAAGUACUACAUGAGCCUCAAGUCUGAGGUGGCCUCCAUCGACAGACGCAGGAAGAGACUAAAAAAGAAGGAGAGAGAAGUGUCCCACACGACGGCGUCCACCUCCUCAGGGUCCUCAGACACAGGCAUGAGUCCGUCCUCAGCCUCGCCCGCUCAGAACACCGUGGCGGUGGAGUGCAGGUGAUGACACGCCCACUCCCACCCCUGACCCUUCACCCCACAGACUUUCCUCACUUAAGUCAGUUGUGAGGACACUGCAGAGAGAGGACGGCAUGUCGCUGUGACGUGGGACGCCGCCCUUCUUCCCAGCUGUGGAGGAGGGGCCGCACAAGGAGGCCCCACCCACUUCACCUGACGGCUGACUUUGUUUGAGGAGCCGGCCUUUUGCUGCACUGGUGCAGAACUCUUCCUGUUCCCCUCCCUCCCCUGCAGUGUGCCAAUACUUGUCCUGGUUCCAGAACCAUCUCUCCUGUCCUCUUUGUUUUCAGGGUCAGCGGUCAGUGAAGAACCGACGGCUGGCCGCCAUUUUUAACCUUAACUGAGAAAUGUAGAUGAGGAAGAAGACGGGCUUCCAGUUUCAGUUUUAUCUUCUAUCCAAUCAAAGUUUUUAUUUUAAUAAGACGGUGAGAAAAAGUAUUAGAUCUUUUAGUUCUUAUGUAAAUUAAAUGCAAUAUUCUGAAGCUCUUUUUGUAUUUAUUGGCUUUGUGGACAGAAUUUCUUAUAUUCAGGGUUUUUUUCCCCCUCUUUUUAUUUAGAUAAAUUUUGGACAACAUUUCUUACCAAGUCAUAAUUUAAGUUGAAACUCUUAUGUAUUUCUUUUAAAAAGCCUUUUAUGCAUUUCUGAGGUACAAUUAUAUUUCUUGAAAUGAAAUCUCAUAACUGACCCAACAUCAGUUCACAAAAUUUCAAACGGUGUAAAUGAAAUGUGACCAUAAGCACCUAGAAUGCAUAAAAUGAGAAGUUAGGAAUCUUCCUGAUUCUGGACCCCAGCUUGGCACUGACCCGCUCCUCUCCUGUUCGGUUCUGCAUCAGGCUCAGACAGACGGCUGCUAGCAGCUCCUCAACAAUUGCUUGUUUUGUACAUACAAUGUUCAAGAAACGAAUAAAACCACACCUGUAUUUGAGAACUACAUUUUACACACCCCAAAAGAAUAAUUUCUAAUAUUUUCUAAGAGACUGUUUGUACUGUAGUUAUUGUUUACUCCUUGGUUGUCUUUUUGUUUUUGGUUCUUAUGUGUUUUGCUGGCGGAGAUUUGAGAGCAAAAAUGUAAAUACAGAAACGCACACAAGCCAUGCUACAAGUGUGUGUGUGUGCAAAAAGCAGCGCUCUCUGUUUCUAAUAAAGUUUUUAACCAGG